AUGUAUUUCUUACCAAUCCUAAGAUCAGUGAUACUCCUGAUCACACUUACCUGCCUCCUGGGAUCUCACUUUUCCUUUGCAGCCAACACCGGAGACUGGAAACCCAGGUCAAUAUAUCAGGUUUUUACUGACAGGUUUGCUAGGACAGACGGGUCCUCAACAGCGCUAUGCGACCCAAAGGAAGGCGUAACGUGUGGUGGGACAUGGAGAGGAAUAAUCAACCACUUGAACUAUAUCCAGGGCAUGGGAUUUGAUGCGAUCAUGAUAUCGCCUGUUACUCAGAAUAUAGAUGGUAGUGUUGAGCCCUUCAUGAUCGAGGAAUGUUCUCUGAUGGUUGAUGUCGUCAUCAAUAAUAUGGCAUACAUUACGAACGGUGGCAACCCGGACAAGGCCAUCGAUUAUUCAAUCUUCGUCCCUUUCAAUAGCGAAGAGUAUUUCCAUCCCUACUGCGAAAUUACUGACUACGACAAUUACGACAUUGCGCAAAAGUGCUGGACUGGGGACAAAAUUGUGCCAUUACCCGACCUGAAAACCGAGGACGACACCGUCACCCAGAUAAUGAAGACAUGGGUCGAGGGCCUCAUUACUAACUACUCGAUUGAUGGUCUUCGGAUAGAUGCUGCGAAGCAUGUGGAUACGAGGUACCUGAAUGAAGUCGUGAGCGCAUCAGGUGUCUUUGCGACGGGGGAGGUUUAUGAGAGAGAUUUGGAGACCGCUUGUGGGUAUCAGAGACACAUCCAAAGUGUCCCAAACUACCCUAUCUACUACGCCAUGAUCCAAGCGUUUGGCAACGGAAAUAUGACGGCGCUUGUAAGACAGGUAGAAGACGCAAUGCUGGCAUGCAACGAUACCUUCGCUUUGGGUGCUUUCGCGGAAAACCACGACCUGCCGCGGUUUCCAUCCUUCAACAAGGACCUUUCGCUGGCUAAAAAUAUCAUCGCAUUUACUAUCCUUUCAGAUGGAAUUCCAAUGUUCUACCAGGGCCAAGAACAGCAUCUCUCAGGCGAUGGGACUCCUGCAAAUCGUGAGGCUCUUUGGCUUUCAAACUAUGACACGGAUGCCCCUUUAUAUAAAUUUACGGCCUUGGUCAACAAGAUACGUAAACAGGCCAUCCGCGUGGACCCCGAUUACCUUGGGCACCAAGUCUAUCCAUUGGCCGACAUGAACGGAAUUUCCUCGUUUCGUAAGGGAAACGAAGGCCGCCAUAUCAUAGCCAUUUACUCAAGCCACGGUGAAGAUGGAUUUAGCCACCAGUUGAGGAUCCCGAGAAGUGGUCAUCAACGCCUAGAGUUAACUGAAAUUACCACUUGUGAGAAUUAUACCCUUGAUCACUGGGGUGCGCUGCAGGUGAAAGCGGAGAAUGGCUUGCCUAAGAUAUUUUUCCCUGCGAAUCAGAUGGGAGGCAGCGGGUUAUGUGGAUUUGGGGAUUGGCCUAUUCGCGGUUCAAGAACGAAAGGAAACGGCGUGUCGUCCAGUGAGGAAACGUCUUGGGUGACCGAAGUCCACGAAAAUCCUAAAUGGGGGAGGAGACCGGGUAGGCUGGGAUCAAGGCCGCGAGAUAAGCAGCAGAAGUCUAGGUCCAGAAGGGCGUGGAGCGACCCAUUGGGGUGUUUGUUUUUAUUUGCGUUGGUAGCAUUCCAUUUGACCUGCGGAUGA